CCCAGCGCCAGUAAGGGGACUGAAGGCGAUCCGCUCAGCUCGCUCUCUAUCUCAGCUCUCUCUCUCUCUCUCCUGACCGAGUGGCCGAGGCGACAGACAGCCGAUAAACUGGCCACCACAAGCUAUAGGCUCGUCGUAGCGCCGGCGGGCAGCCAGCGUGGAACGGCGGGCAAUGUGGUGGUCACCACCACCACCACCAACAAUGCCUCCUCGGGCAGCAAUUCGAGUGGCAAUGCGGGUAGCAGCAGCUCGGGCAGCGCCACCGGUGGCCUCAACGUGACCACCAUCACGACGACCGGUGGAGGAGGCGGCGGAGGUGGUGGCAGUAAUCAGGUGCAGAGUGGCGGCAAUAGUUCCCAGAGUAACGGCACCACCUACAAGAUCGAGAUGCUGGACGAGGACAUCCAAAGUCUGGGCUCCGAUGACGAUGAUGAGGAUCUAAUCAGCAGCGAUGGGAGCCUGUAUGAGGGUGAUCUCGGCUCCAUACCCGUCAACGAUGAUGUGGCCCAUCAGCUGGCCGCCGCUGGACCGGUGGGUGUGGCCGCUGCGGCAGCCAUAGCCAGCUCCAAGAAGCGCAAGAGGCCGCAUUGCUUCGAAACAAAUCCCUCGGUCCGAAAGAGGCAACAGAAUCGGUUGCUUCGCAAGCUCCGUGGCAUUAUCUACGAAUUCACCGGCCGGGUGGGCAAGCAGGCUGUGGUGCUGGUGGCUACGCCCGGGAAGCCCAAUACCAGCUACAAGGUCUUCGGGGCCAAGCCGCUGGAGGAUGUGCUGAGGAAUCUAAAGAAUAUCGUUAUGGAUGAACUGGAUAAUGCGCUGGCACAGCAGGCGCCACCACCGCCGCAGGAUGAUCCGUCGCUCUUCGAAUUGCCAGGCCUGGUUAUCGAUGGCAUACCCACGCCCGUGGAGAAGAUGACGCAGGCACAGCUGCGCGCCUUCAUCCCGCUGAUGCUCAAGUACUCCACCGAGGGGAAGCCCGGCUGGGGCCGUGAGUCGACCCGUCCGCCCUGGUGGCCCAAGGAGCUGCCGUGGGCCAAUGUACGGAUGGAUGCACGCUCCGAGGACGACAAGCAGAAGAUCAGCUGGACGCAUGCCCUGCGAAAGAUUGUGAUCAACUGCUACAAGUACCAUGGCAGGGAGGAUCUGCUGCCCACCUUUGCCGAUGACGAGGACAAGGUCAAUGCUCUCAUUUCACAGUCGGGCGACGAGGAUGAGGAUAUGGAGCUGUCCAAUCCGCCCACCAUACACACGGUGACCACCAUGACGCCACCGACAGGCAAUAGCAAUCAACCGCAGCAGGUGAAUGUGGUGAAGAUCAACAGCGCCGGCACCGUGAUCACCACGCAUACGGCCCAGAGCAAUACGCCCGCUCCGACGAUCAUCCAGAGUACCAACAACCAGCAUGUGACCACAACGGCCACGUUGCCCGCCUCCACAAAGAUUGAGAUAUGCCAGGCGCCUGCACCGCAGCAGCAGCAGCAACAGCAGCAGCAGCAUCAUCACCAGCAGCAGCAGCAACAUCACCAGCAGCAACAUCACCAGCAGCAGCAGCACCAUCAUCAGACCAGCGUUCCAAGCACCGUUCACAUACAACCGGUGAGCGGUGGUCAACCGCAGACCAUUCAGCUGACCACGGCCAGUGGCACUGCCACGGCCACAGCGGUGCCAACGACAGCUGCUGCCGUAAGUGCCGCACAAGCGGCAGCGGCAGCCGCCGCGCAAGCAGCCGCCGCCCAAUCGAAUGCCCAGCAGACGGUCACUGCCCAGCAGAUAGCCAACGCCCAAGUUUGCAUCGAGCCCAUAACGCUGAGCGACGUUGAUUACACCACGCAAACGGUGCUCUCACAGAAUGCCGAUGGCACCGUAUCCCUGAUCCAGGUGGAUCCCAAUAAUCCAAUAAUUACGCUGCCGGAUGGAACCACCGCUCAGGUGCAGGGUGUUGCCACGCUUCAUCAGGGCGAAGGCGGUGCCACCAUUCAGACCGUACAGAGUCUCACCGAUGUCAAUGGCCAUGAGAAUAUGACUGUGGAUCUCACCGAGACGCAGGAUGGCCAGAUAUUCAUCACCACCGAAGAUGGUCAAGGCUAUCCCGUAUCGGUCAGCAAUGUGAUCUCGGUGCCCGUCUCCAUGUACCAAUCGGUAAUGGCCAAUAUGCAGACGAUUCAGACGAAUAGCGAUGGCACCGUGUGCCUGGCCCCCAUGCAGGUAGAUACCACAGCCACGCGUGGCACAACUGUGGCCGCCAGUCCGUCCUCCUCCUCGGGAGGAUUAACUGGCGGCGUACAGUGUUAUUCGCUAAUCAGUGCCGGCACUGCAGCGGUUUUGAGCCGCCGUAACCAGCCGGCGGCCACUACGGGGGGGCGUUACUACCUGGCAGCGGCUAGCUCCACCAGCUCUCCUAGUACUACUACUAAUAAUAAUAGCAGUAAUAAUAAUAGCAGCCUCACAAACAAUAAUAAUAAUAACAACAAUAAUAAUAGUAGCAUUAAGAUGCCUUUGCCCAUUGUGCUGGCCACCCCUGCCACUCCUCAGCCUGCGCCCAGCACAAGAUCCUCUCGCAGGAUGGCUGCAGGCGAGGCCGAAGGAGCUGGCUUGUUGAUGGUACAAAAGCGCAGGAAGCUGGGCAAGAGUAAGGCCAAAAGCACAGCCAGUGAGGCAUCUGGCUCCUCCACCUCAGCCUCCAUACGUUGCGUAAAUAGCGAUAGUUUGAUCAAUGUGCAACUGCAGCUGCCCGCCAAGAGCAUCAAGCAGGAGCACCUGGAGUAGUAGAUCUCUCCCACCCCAAAAAAAAAAAGAAGCCACAUCUCGAAUCUAGUCAAGAGGGAAGAAUAUAUAGCAGAAAGGGAAUAAUAAUAAUAAUAAUACAAAAAAAGGAAGCGCACUUGCCAUUUUAAGCUUAGAAUGAAUGCCAAAAAGAAGGUUUAACAGAGAGAAUAGUAACUAAAUGUGAAGAAGAAUUUAAGGGAGACAAGAAUCCACACCAAAUCGAAACCAAUUUGUUGAUAAUUGAAACCAAAAAAUCAAAAAAAUCAUGAAAACAAAAACAUAAAAAACAAAUGAGAAGAAAUCAUGUAUAAUUUUGUUCCUAAAAGCAUAGGAAAUGCAAUUGUUUAACUUUUAGCUAGUGUUUAGUAUUAACUAGUUAGUAGAGGAUCUAGCAGCGGCAACACAAACCAAAUAUUAACCGUACGUAGUCAGAAUUAAGUUUUGUUUUAUUUCUCAGCACAGGGAUUAGACUUUUGGUGCAAUUUGUGAAUUUUUAAAGAACCCAACCCACAAAAGUAGUCAAUUUAGCAUUGAGAAUGCCCAUAGUAGCUUAGCCCUAGUCUAAGCCAUUUAGCCUUUAGUCGCAUCCUUAGUCGUUAGUGUUGGUCUUAGUCUUAAGCUUGGGUGUGCUUGAAGAAGAAAUGCAAACAUUUGUAUGUUAUAAUUGCUAUUGUGUUUAUACCACCCCACCCCCCUACACCCC